AUGUCUUGGAUUCUCCAAACUGCUUCAGUUUUAUCGUCUGUAACAAUCGCUGUUGCACUUAUUGUAUCCUGCUCUAUUUAUCUGGAUAUCGCUGAGUUCCACAACAAUGUUCAAGAAGAUAUGAAAAGCUUCCAGAAUAACUAUGAUGACUCCUGGUCGGUUAUGGUUAACUCAUUACCAUUAGAAGGUCCUUCCGGAAUUCGUGAUGUCUUCGGGAGACAUAAAAGAGAUGCGAAACAGUGUAAUUGUGCGAAGCCAGCCGAUAAUUGCCCACCUGGACCACCAGGACCAGCGGGCCCUAAGGGAGAAGAUGGAGAGCCAGGAAAUCCUGGAGAACCUGGAUCCAAUGGAAAUGUCCGAUUUGAUAAAUAUCUUGGAAGCCCAGGAAAUUGCGUUAAGUGCGCGGCUGGAUCUCCUGGUCCAGCAGGAAAACAAGGUCCUGAUGGUCCAGUUGGACCAGCAGGAAAUCCAGGCAGCCCAGGACUACCAGGAAGAAAUGGUGAAGAUGGAAAACCAGGAGAGGACGGAGAAGCUGGAACUGACGGUGAAUCUGGACCUGUUGGUGAGCGUGGAGAAGAUGGAAAAGAUGGGCAGAAGGGCAAGGGUAAACCAGGAUCAUCAGGUAAACCAGGACCAGCUGGACCAGCAGGAAAACCAGGAAGAGAUGGACAAAACGGAGAACAAGGAAAGGCUGGAUUCGCAGGGCCAGCUGGAAAGGCAGGCUCACCAGGAAAGAACGGACCACCAGGUCAACCAGGACAAUCAGGAGAAGUUGGAAUUCCUGGAGCCGACGCAGCCUACUGUCCAUGCCCCGAUCGUACAGAACUUGGAUUGGGACCACAUGAUUCUCACAAAUCUGGUUCUGUCGGAGGCCCCGCAACUGAGCCACAUACUGAGCAAGAAGUACAACAGACUGGAUAUGACGCACCAGCUCCAGAGAGUGAUGAGAAGAAAGCACAUGGAGAACCACAAUCAUACAAACGCAGAAGAAUUUUGCGCGUUAAAGUUCAUGCUAACUAA